AUUUACUCCGACCUUCCAUAAUUGUAUUCACUGAGUCAUUCUCGACUUAACUUCGUACCUUGACUUGAUACCUUUGCCUACGCGUACCAUCGCGUUAUACAGCCCGCAUGGCUCCCAUUUAUGUCGAUGAAUCUACAGGUUCUGAUACCACAGGGAAAGGCACCCCAGAUCAGCCUUAUCAGUCACUGGCCUUUGCGCUUUUCACACACGGCUCGUCUGACGGCUUUCUGACUCGAAAAGAGUCAUCGGGAACAUACGAGGAACCUACCCAGUCGUCAUUGAAAAAGGCCAAGAAGAAUGCUGAUGGCCUAGAGAAGAAGCGCAAAAAGCAGGAGGAGCUUGCCGAGCAAAAAACAAAGGCACAGGGUGAUGAGCAGGAGAGGAGGGACAAGUUGCUCGAGGAGAGCAAGAAGAUUGUUCUAACGGAGGAUGCGUCGUUGCCUUCGACUAAGAAGGCAAAGAUAUCCCAGCUAUCUGAACUACGUUCUCAACGCGUCCGUGUAUUUGGAUGGGUUCACCGAUUGCGAUCCCAAAAAGGUAUUAUAUUCUUGGUCCUCAGAGAUGGGACUGGAUAUCUACAGACCGUUCUUUCGGGUGUGGUCAGUCAAACAUACGAUGCCUUGACACUAACACUGGAGUCAUCAGUCGAGCUUGCCGGCACCCUGCAAGUCGUCCCAGAAGGAAAGACUGCACCGGGCGGACAUGAACUCAUCGUUGACUACUGGAAAGUCGUUGGAGCUGCCCCAGGAGCUGACGAUGCGUUUACCAACCGCUUAAACGAGAAAUCUGACCCAUCUAUCCAAGCUGAUCUUCGUCAUUUGGUCAUUAGAGGAGAGACCGCCUCAUCUGUUCUUCGGCUCCGUGCGCACCUACUCAGCGCCUUCCGUGACUUUCUCGUUAGACAUCACCUCCUCGAAGUAACUCCGCCUUGUCUUGUGCAAACUCAAGUCGAGGGCGGUGCUACACUCUUCAGCUUAAACUAUUAUGGCCAACCCGCCUACCUCACACAAAGUUCCCAACUGUACCUCGAAACGUGUCUUCCUAGUCUCGGGGACGUAUUCUGUGUCCAAGAAAGUUUCAGAGCCGAGAACAGCCACACGAGACGGCAUCUGAGCGAGUACACCCAUCUUGAGGCUGAGCUCGCGUUCCUCAGCUUUGAAGAUCUCAUGGAUCACAUCGAGGCGGUCACCUGUGAGACUGUUGAUCAGCUUCUGGCCAACCCUGUCUCUGCGGGCCUCAUUCAGCAACUUAACCCCGGAUUCAAAGCUCCAGAACGGCCUUUCAAGCGCAUGUCGUACUUUGAUGCUAUUGCAUGGCUUGUCGAACAUGGGAUUAAGCGCGCAGCCGAAGAUGCAGAGGGGAAUGUAAUCCUCGAUGAGUCGGGCCAGGUAAAGAUGGUGGACCAUAUAGUCGGAGAUGACAUUGCGGAGGCCGCAGAGAGACAGAUGACGGACAUCAUUGGGACGCCGGUAUUCCUGCAUUCAUUCCCAGCUGAACUUAAGGCGUUCUAUAUGAAGAAGAUACCAGCCGAGGAGGGCGCGAAAACUGUGUACACGGAAAGUUGUGAUUUGCUAAUACCGAACGUCGGUGAGGUCGUGGGUGGAUCAAUGAGGAUUUCUGAUGUGGAGGAGUUGCUGGCGGCAUAUAAACGAGAAGGGAUUGAUCCAGCUCCAUAUUACUGGUUCACUGAUCAGCGUAAAUAUGGAACUUGCGAGCAUGGCGGGUAUGGAUUGGGAGUAGAGCGAUUCCUUGCGUGGCUUGCGAACAGGUUUACAGUGAGAGAGUGUUCCUUGUACCCGAGGUUUGUGCCUCUGUCUUUUGUAGUAUACAAGGCUCAUGGUGCAUCGUAGGUGGCCUGGACGUGCUACACCCUAAACGUUGUGUGACAUUGUAGAAGUUGUUCUGCUAGACUUGAUGGCAAUGGUUUGACUAUUGAACUUGUGCCUGUUGGAUGCUAGACUACGUAAUGGGUCGAGCCAUUUGCUUGGAUCUGAUGUUUCUUCCCCCCCAC